AUGCGUCGCUCAGUGUUUUUCAUGGGUCGCACCUUUACGCAGCGGCAUUUGAAUGCGUGCCGAAGCCCGCUUCUAACUGGAUAUGUUCGGCCCACAUCUCUCGCAUGUGCACUUCCCACUCCUUCAGUAUUGCGUGGUGCUCUGCUCGGCCCCGAGGCCUCCUCCGCCGUACCACCUGGCGCUGCUUCCGAUGCAUUGGAAGGUGUUUUAAGUCAUGCCAUGGCAGUAAUGCUGCAAUCCAACAGCAUCACCAGCGCAACACUCAAUGGUUUCAGUUGCUUACAGAAUAUAUCAACGUGUGUCCUGGCAUGCGAAAGAGUAUUUAAAGUCUUGCGACAAUGUGAUGGAAAGUUCAACGGAGUAACCUGUGCGUGA